AUACGGACCACGUUUUAACUUUUCUUCCCCCCCUCCUUUCUCUCCAAACGGCCCAACAACUAACAAACUCAAACUUCCAAAGCCACGCGCGUUUGUACAGAGUACUCAAGAUUGGUUUUCUCUGUUCAAAGGUCCACAUAGUCGAAAGACUGACAGUACCUUACUGUACUAAGACUUGUCUGUCUGUCUCCCGAACCUCCAAUUCGACACCAGACAUCAGCCACCAAAGUCAACUCUUCCCUCUUUCUCUUGGGCUAUCAGUAUGGCUCGUGGCAACCAGCGCGACAAGGCUCGUGAAGCCGCUCAGAAGAAGCUGGCUGCUAUGAAAUCCGGCAAUAAUUUGACGGGCACAGAGCUCCAGCGCGCCCGGGAGACGGCUGCCGAUAUCAUGAGGCAGAAGCAGGCUGCCGGUGAGUUCUUGAUGUUGAUUUCAUGCCUCUUCCCUCUCCCUCUCCCUCUCCCUCUCCCUCUCCCUCUCGGUAGUUCGGGCUUGUUCUUUUUUUUUUGUUCUCUCUUCUGUAAUCACGUGGCGUAACGCCGCCGCCCCGAAGUUUCCACGCUUAUAAGGGAUUUUGCCCUUUAUAUAAGAAUCUCUGCUGACAUACUUGUCACCGGUAGCGGAGGCCCGCAAGGCGACUGGUGAGGCAAAGGCGGCAAAGGAUAAGGCCAAGAAGAAAUAAGUUGCUUCCAAAAGAAAAUUGGCGGCUGGGGGAGGUGCAGCGAGCGU